CGUGGCAAGGAAGUUUACUUGCGUACUUGGCUAGCAUAUUGCCGAAGCCCGGCAUCAAUAGCUGCACCACUCACCAAAAUGCAGAGCGUGUUGAAGUCGGCUGCGCCCACGGUCUCCAACCCGUUCAUGGGUAAUAAGAUGUCCUACCGUGUGGCUGCGGCCCCGGUUCCUUGCACGACGGCCUUCCGCCAGGUGACGACCAUGGCCAAGAAGAAGGGUGUUCGCCUCAUCGUCACAAUUGAGUGCACGGAGUCCAAGGCUGCGGGCGCUACUCCAUCGCGCUAUGUCACUCAAAAGAACCGCAAGAACACCCCAGAGCGACUGGAAUUGAUGAAGUAUAACCCCAACCUGCGCCGCCACACCCUCCACAAGGAGGUGAAGUAAUUGCUGCAUCACUUGCUUUGUUGUCGUCCCAUGUUUAGAGGCAGAACACCAUGCAAGACCUUAAAAGUCUUUGCGGACUGCGGACUGGGACUUGACGGAUGGACGAUUUGCUGUGACUUCGGAACC